CCGACGGACGAACCAAGCUGCACGAUACGUUUCGUGUCUCGGGUGAGAGCUAUGCCGUCGACUUUGUAGUCCGAAAUAAAGGAAUCGUUUCGAGCAUCGAAUAUUCUUCUCGACGAUAGUUCUCGAUAAAAUGGAUCCAGCGUUGUUGAGGGAGCGAGAGCUCUUUAAGAAAAGAGCCCUUACUACGCCAACCGUCGAGAAGAAAAAGAAGGAACAGGAGAAAGAUACCAGUCGGGAUGAUCAGUACAAAAAGAAAACAAAAUCUUCCGUCGUUUCCACCGGACCAAAGUUGGAUAUGGUCAACUACAAAACUAUGAUCGGCAGUACCCAAUACAAAUUUGGUGUUUUGGCAAAAAUAGUGAAACAUAUGAGAGCUAGGCAUCAAGACGGGGACGAUCAUCCGUUAACCUUGGAAGAAAUCUUGGACGAAACCAAUCAACUGGACAUAGGAUCUAAAGUAAAGACGUGGCUUCAGACGGAGGCGUUGCUAAAGAAUCCUAAAAUAGACGUUACGCCGGAUGGUAGGUUUGCCUUUAAAGCUAUGUAUAAAAUCAAGGACAAGAAAUCGCUAUUGAGACUUUUAAAGCAACAAGAUCUAAAGGGACUAGGAGGGAUUUUAUUAGAAGAUAUACAAGAAAGUUUACCCCAUUGCGACAAGCAUUUAAAGAGCUUACAAAACGAAAUAUUACUUAUAACGCGGCCUCUUGACAAAAAAAAAAUUGUCUUUUACAACGAUAAAACGGCCCAUUUUCCUAUCGACGAGGAAUUUCAAAAAUUAUGGAGAGCCGUGGCGGUAGAUGCAAUGGACGACCAGAAAAUAGACGAGUAUCUGGAAAAACAAGGAAUCAGAUCGAUGCAAGAUCAUGGCCCAAAGAAGUUGGCACCCGUUAAAAGAAAGAAGCCCAAUACUAAGAGGAAACAAUUUAAAAAGCCAAGAGACAACGAACAUUUAGCGGACGUUUUAGAGACUUACGACGACGCUAAAUAAAUAAUUCGUAUUAUCUGUAAAUAUUAUAUAUACGAUUUUGAGCGAAGGGUGUGUGUGCGCGUGUGCGUGUGCGUGUGCGUUGAGUGUUUACGCGCGCAAGUGACGUAUGAAAAGUAUGAUUGGAGUCUUAAAUCUAACUGGAUACAGAGUUACAUAUCGCUUCGAUACUAUAAUAAAUAAGUAAAAUAUUUA